GCAUUUGAUGGUUGGGUACAGGUUAUCAGUUCACACUCUUGCCUGUGCCUGUGGUACAUACAGUAUCAUAUACUAAGGCUAAUGUUACAUUAUUAGUAUACGUGAGUUGUGUUAGACUAAGAGGAAUAUUAGUAGACAUGAGACCAAUGCAGGAGAACAUCAAGGUGCUUUACUUUGCAAACAAAUUCCUGGAGCCAUAUGUAGAGAUCAUCACAGGGAGGGAUGCAGUGAAGCGUCGACGGAGCGUGUGCAGCUCAGAGGAGGGUAACCGCUCUGAGGACGAGGAACCUGAGGACUUACUUCCUGUUCUCCGAAACCACAGCCAGCUCCUUAAUGACCACCACAUCGAGAGUCUAGCCAAUCACAUGCCAGCAAGGACACAGGGGUAUCCAUGGAACCUGGUCUACAGUACAGCCAUUCAUGGCACCAGCCUGAAGACUCUGUACAGGCAAAUGGCCCACAACAGUCCUGUGCUUCUGGUCAUCAAAGACAUGGAAAAAAAGGUGUUUGGUGCCUUCUCCUCCCAUCCCUUCAGAGUGAGUGACUGUUGCUACGGAACAGGAGAGACUUUUGUCUACAGUUUCGACCCUGCAUUCAAGGCCUACAGGUGGAGUGGUGAGAACUCGUACUUCAUCAGGGGCCAUAUGGACUCUCUACAGAUUGGUGGAGGAGGGGGGCUUUUUGGCCUUUGGCUGGAUGCUGAUCUGUACCACGGUGCCAGCUACUCCUGUCACACCUUCAACAACCAGCCCCUGUCCACCCAGCAAGACUUCACAGUGCAGGACCUGGAGGUCUGGACUGUACAGUAAACAGAGCGAGACACAGAGAAUCAGAAGCGGAAAAGAGAGAAAAAAGCCAGAGCCAUGUCUAUCUAUGGUUUACAACAUGGCUUUACUUGUGUCCAGUGAGGUUUAGCCUGUGCUCAAGCUGUUAGAGUACAGUGAGCUUAAUUCAUAUAUGAACGGACAAAGCCAUUGAUCAUGUGACACCAGUCAUUCCUAUGUGAAAACUCAAUAGUGCAUUUGAAGCCAAGGAAGUCCGUCAAGAUGGUGUCUCAUGUGGGAGAUUUACGUAGGCAUAACAUGCUUAGUUUGAGCUACUCCAGGAUGUGACGCUGCAGAAUAGCUCAGUGCUGCCCCCUCUCAUUGAGUUUUUCACGUUGAAGGCAGAUUGGGGUAAGGCACGCUGCCAUUACAUACAUAUGGUAUAAUAGAAGCAAUUAUCAGUAGCAUUAUUUUUUUGUUUGUUAUUAUUUUAUUUACACAAAGAUUGCCAUCUUCCCAUUCACUAUAAUGGGGAUCCUGUGUUCUGCAAAUAAUGCCUGCAGUACUGUGGUUGGCCUUGAAUGAGAGGGGGCAGUCAUUCUCCCCUGGGUUUGUCCUGUGUAAAACCUGGUCUCGUGACUUUUAGGCUGGUUUUUAGCUGUGUUUUACCAGCGCGUAACCUAUUAUACCAGUAUUAACCCAGGUUGUAUCUGUGUUUUGCCUGGUUAACUGAGGACUGUAAAAACCUUUAGAAAUACCUGGAAGUCCAUUCACUUGUGGCGUCUAAUGGUUUGUACUAAAGGUAUGGGUUUAAAUCCCAUGUUAAAUGUUUUCUUACAUUUGUAAAAGAGAAUAAUGAAAAAAAAUGUCAAGAACGAAACAGGAUAUAAGAUGUACCAAUUGUUUUAAUUUGGCAUCUUCUUCACAUUACUUUGAUGUUCUUAUUUUCAAUGACGGCCUAGGAACAGUGGGUUAACUGCCUUGUUUAGGGGAUUCCAACGUUCUAACCACUAUUUAAAGAAAUGUUAUCUAGGGAAGUAUUUUGUUUUGUUUGCUUUGUUCUGUUCUAUUUGUAUUUGUUGAGUUUGUAAGUAUGUUUGUUUUUCUGUAUGUGUGCUGUACAGUGCUGGCACUGUUAAUGGCUCCUUAUUAAAAUUCUGCAUUUCCAGGUGACAUAAAUGUGCUUUAAACCUGUGUGAUUAUGUGACUGAUUGUUAUAAGAUCAAUAAGCAUCAUUGCCUGAAA